AUGUCGGAGUCCGGGGAUCAGCUCAAGCGCAAACGUGCCCGGGUCGCUUGCGAGCCAUGUCGGCAGAGAAAAAGGAAAUGCAAUGGAGCGACCCCCUGCGCAACCUGCACUGACUGGGGCUAUAACUGCCACUAUACAGAUCAAACGCCCCGGAAACGUCGUCUAUCGCAGCCGUCUUCCGCUGCGACGGCAGCGAAGCCAUCCUCUCCCGCCGCCGCCGCAGCAGUGGGAGGAGAGUCCCUCCGCUCGCCCGAUGAAGCCGUCACUCAAUCCCAUCACCAUCAAGGCAUAGCCCGCAGUCUCGAAGCGAAUUCCGCCGCCGCGUUUGUACGCAAGAUGGGCCUCAAGGUUGAUCCCGCCCAGGCGCCGAAACUGGCCCUGUUCGGAUGGAACAUCGGCGCACGGCAGUUACCCUCCGGAACGGGGGCGAUCUCCGCCCGACCCAUUGUCGAUGUCAUCUCGGUGGCCGAUAUGAAGCAGCUGGCCGAGGUCUACUUCACCAAGAUCGAUCCGUGCUACGGCUUCAUCGACCGGCGCGUCUUCAACAACCGCCUCGAGACCCGAUGGCAGACCCCGCUGUCCAGCGGUUCCAUCUAUGACAGCAUCCUCGCCGGAGUCGCGGCGCUGGGCUCGCUCUUCUCCUACCGGAGCAUGACCAUUACGGAGCUGCACCUCGUCGAAGCCGCCCGGUCGAUCCUGGACGGCCACGACGGGUCCGGCCCCCCGUCCCUCGAGCUGGUGACGGGCUGGGCGCUCCGCGUGGUCUACAUGCGCAUGACGGCGGCGCCGCACGCCACCUGGAUCGCCAGUUCGACGCUGAUGCACCUCAUCGAGGCGGCCGGUCUGCACCUGGAACCUUCUUCUUCUUCUUCUGCAACUUCGCACGACACCGUCCCGUUGCGCGCUCCGGCCACGACGCCGCCCCACGACCGGGAGAUCAGCCGUCGCCUCGUGGGCGUCGCGCACCACCUCAACAUCUGGACCUCCUUCGACCUCGGCCUAUCCCGCGUCGCCUUCCGCACGGGACUGCCGCUGCCGGCCUCGCCCACGAACCCAGGCGACUACACACCCGAGGUGCUCAACCUCCUCCCGGCCUCCGCAUGCCUCGACCCGGAGAACUCGCAAACAGACAGCGACCUCGAACCGACCCUCACCAAAGUCCUGCAGGGCACGCACACCCAACCCCCAUCUGUGAUGGCCCAGACCAACCUCGUCCUCUGCAUCCUGCGCCGGCUCCGCAUUCUGAACCUCUCCAUCACCCCGCAGGUCACGGACCAGGUCCUCGUCCUCUUCGGCCAGGCCCUGUCGUACGCGCGCACCAUGGUCACGGACGGCAGCCCCUGGCACCAGGUCGCCAACGUGCCGAUGCAGAUCCUCUAUGUCCUGCUGGAGAUGGACACGCGCGCGUCGCUGGCGAUGCUGCCCGCCGCGAUGCAGACGGUGACGCUGGUGGCGACCACGUACGAUACCGCCACCAUGCGCGAGGCGUACAGCACCGCGCGCUUGCUGGUGUCGCUGUACCAGCAGCGUCGUUCGGAGGACACGAGGGUGUUGGCCGAUGUGCUGAAUCUGGCUCCCGAGGCAGGGGAGACCGUGACCGAGCCAUUCAGCCCGAGGGUCGACGAGUUAUCUUGGUUAGAGGGCUUGGUCGCAGAGAUGCCUAGUCUACAAGGCCUAGAGCUAGAGCCCUGGCUCCAAGGAGAUGUACUUGCCGGAGGUGAAGGGUGGGAGUAACACAGAUUGAAUUGGCCCGCCCGCAGAAUGAGAGCAGUGAAGGAACGACAGCAGCAGCAGCCGUCACCUAGUAGGUGAAUUGCGCUUUCGCCAGAGUAACAGUAACACACCAAGAGAUGGGUGUUUCUACACCUCAUGGAGAGCCCUUCUGCUGCUCCUCCACCUCCACCUCCCCUUCUCCAACAUCGACAGAACAAUGUCCGGGCGACUGGUUACGCCCAAGAAAAAGAAAGGCUUCACUCCUUCUAUCCCGCUUCUGUCUACAGAUCGUCGGCCGGUCCGGU